AUGCCGGUCAUCUUCCCUAUCGAAACCCAGGCCCAGAGGGAGGUGCUCGGCGUGGCUCUCGCCUUUUCUAUCUUGGCCGUCAUCGCCGUGUGUCUGCGUCUGCUAGCGCACCAUCUUGCGCAGAAGAAAUGGAGUCCCAGUGACUAUUUCAUUAUAGCCGCCUGCAUAUUUGCCGUGGGUCUCCAAUCUAUCAGUAUCACCGGCGUCUACCAAGCCGGCAUUGGGUAUGACCAUGUGGCGUCAAUCGCAGCUGUAUAUGGUCCGGGGCCCAUAACGAAACUGCUGCAACUGAUCAUUCCACUGCAAUUUCUGUGGGUGCUGAGUCUCAGCUGCACCAAGAUCUCGAUCCUGCUACUCUAUCUCCGGAUCUUCCCCGUUACUUGGCUUGUGGGGAUCGCAUGGACCACUAUCGGAGUGAUCGUGGCCUGGGCCAUCGCCACGAUACUGGCAGGUUGCCUGAUCUGCCGGCCCUUUGCCUUCAAUUGGGAUCAAACCAUCCCCGGUGGAUCUUGCGGGAAUCAGGUCACUUCGUUCACUGCAACAGGGGUCAUCAAUCUCGUCACCGAUGUGGUGGUGCUGGUGAUUCCGAUGCCUUUGCUAUAUCGACUGCAAAUGGCAACUUAUAAGAAGGUGACGCUGAUCACGGUCUUCGGACUAGGUUUAGUCACUUGCAUCAUCAGCGCCCUUCGCAUCUCCGUUCUGUCGACCAUGGACUUCAACGACAUUACCUUCACGCUUCCACGAGCCAACAUCUUCAGCGGUGUUGAGCCCUGCCUCGCUGUUAUCCUCUCUUCCAUCCCAUUGAUGCGCCCACUGCUAGGGCGCUCGACGUACACGCCCGAAGUGACGGCCCGACGACCAACCAAAUCUUCGGCUCCUUCAGGGCCCAAGCCCGCUGAUGACGGGGGAUUUCAGCCACUGCAGGACAACUCGAGCCAGUUGUGUCUGCAACCCAUGGGAGGGAAACAUCAUGCUAAUGUCGCGGUGCAGAAUUCGACAUCGACGGGAGGGUUGAGUGGCGGGAGCCAGGAGUCACUCGCCAGUCGCCACUAG